AUGGAGAACGGAACAGUAACGAAUGGAGAGAAAACUCCAAAUCACCCACGAACUCCAAGUCUUACUUCCUUUUCUUUGACGGAAUAUUCAGCAAAUCCAUCACCACCAUCAGAAAGUACACAAUCAAAAGUUAGCAGCAUUGUUCCGCAGGAAUUUAUUCUGCCAAAUGGAUAUCCUGAUUAUCUACGAUUAAUCCUCACUUCUCGAGUCUAUGAAGCCGUCAAUGAGACCCCGCUCACUCCAGCCGUCAACCUCAGCAAUCGAUUAGAAUGCAAUGUUUUAUUGAAACGCGAAGACCUGCAACCGGUUUUCAGCUUCAAAUUGAGAGGCGCAUAUAAUAAAAUGGCACAUUUAGAUCCGAAAGUUAGUUGGAAAGGUGUGGUUGCAUGUUCAGCGGGAAAUCAUGCACAAGGCGUUGCGUAUUCGGCGCGCAAACUCAAAAUGCCUGCUACGAUUGUAAUGCCCGAAGGAACACCCAGUAUCAAGCAUCUCAAUGUAACGAGAUUGGGAGGAUCGGUAGUAUUGCAUGGGCCGGAUUUCGAUGCUGCGAAGGAGGAGUGCGGAAGAUUAGAGAAAUUACAUGGAUUGACGAAUAUUCCACCGUUUGACGAUCCAUAUGUAAUUGCAGGUCAAGGUACGAUUGGCAUGGAACUUCUCAGACAAACAAAUAUUCAUAAAUUGGAGGCUAUCUUCUGUUGUGUGGGUGGUGGUGGGUUGAUUGCGGGGAUUGGCGUUUACGUCAAGCGUAUUGCUCCGCAUGUGAAAAUCAUUGGAGUGGAGACUUACGAUGCGAAUGCUAUGGUACAAUCUUUGGCAGCUGGAAAGAGAGUUUCAUUGAAGGAAGUGGGAUUGUUCGCUGAUGGAGCGGCAGUAAAGACUGUGGGAGAGGAAACAUUCAGAAUAUGCCAAGAGGUCAUCGAUGAUGUUAUUCAAGUCACUACAGACGAAACAUGCGCAGCUAUUAAGGACGUUUUCGAAGAUACGAGAUCCAUUGUCGAACCAGCUGGAGCCCUUGCACUCGCAGGACUUAAGAAAUAUGUUGCGGCCAACCCAUCUCCCGAUACUUCUCGAAAUCUUGUAGCUAUCGCCUCUGGAGCAAACAUGAACUUCGAUCGUCUUAGAUUCGUUGCCGAGCGUGCAGCUCUUGGAGAACGUAAAGAAGCUCUCCUUAGUGUCAGCAUUCCUGAAAUUCCUGGCGCCUUCUCUGCACUUAUCAAAGCCGUCAUGCCACAUGCCGUCACCGAAUUCUCUUACCGAUAUGCCACAGAUGAAGUAGCAAAUGUACUCAUUGGUAUUUCUCUCACCUCUCCUGCAUCUCAAAGAGACGAAGAGCUUCAAUCUCUCCUCAAUCGCAUCUCAUCCAGUGGCAUGUCACCUGCUGAUCUCUCCGGGGACGAACUUGCCAAAUCCCAUAUUCGCUACCUAGUGGGUGGACGUUCCGGAGUACCAAACGAACGACUCUACAUGUUCAACUUCCCUGAAAGACCAGGUGCGCUUGAGAAAUUCCUCACUACUUUGAGACCGAGAUUCAACAUAAGUCUUUUCCAAUACCGCAAUGCCGGAAGUGAUAUCGGAAAGAUUCUGACGGGUAUCCUGUGUCCGGAUGAUGAAGUCAAGGAUUUGGAGAGAUUUUUGAGGGAAAUCGGAUAUCCUUGGACGGACUGUACAGAUUCACAAGUCUUUAAGACGUUUUUGAGAUCGUAA